AUGGUUCGACGACCGAAUAUGCUGAUUGUUGAUGCAUUUGCUGGUGUUGGUGGUAACAGUAUACAGUUGGCACUGAAGGGAGCAUCAGUGAUUGCGAUUGACCUGGAUCCGGUUCGACUGAAAUGCGCUCGCCAAAAUGCCAAGGUGGACGCAGUAUUUCUUAGCCCUCCGUGGGGUGGACCAAGCUACCUGAAAUCGAACGAUUUCGAUCUUGAUGAUCUCACGCCGAACGGUUUUGACAUCUACACAGCAGCACGAAAGAUGUCGCCGAAUAUUGCCUACUUCUUACCGAGAAACACGAAAGUGAAACAGUUAAUUUCGCUGAGUGGACCGGGAGGAAGAUGCGAAAUCGAGCAGAGUUGCUUGAAUAAGAAAAUUAAGACGCUCACAGUAUAUUAUGGAAACUUGGCUGUUCAAAGAGAAGAGUGA